CCAUGCAGGCUAAUAUUCAGGCCGGCGCUGCAAUUUCAGAAUCUGCUCUUGUAUAUGGCGGACGAAAAUUUCCACAGGAGGAACCGCAACACUAACCCCCUGUGCACAGCUCAGACGGAGCGGCUCGACUGAGCCGUUAAACCCCUCGAACGCAUCACUCAAAUGCGCCAUCACGCUUUACGAAAAUGUAACGUAGCGGGUCGCGAGACAGGCAAAAAAACCGCUAUGGUGAAAUUUUUAUCAUUUGGAAUUUCUCAUAACUAAUUCAGAAUUUUUUUUUUUUUUUUUUGAGGAAGCAGUUUUUUUGUGCCGUCACCUCUGGUCGGGGAGGGAGGAUUUUGUGGAGCAGCAGCCUGUUUCGCAUGAGCUGCAUCGCAUUCAGAGAAGCACAGGCUCAGAGGAGGAGGAGUCAUGAGUGCACCGGAGGCACCUAAUCCUGGGAAGGAGCAGGCUGAAAGUGGAAAUGGGAAUGCAGCCACGGAUCCCUCCACAGCCACGAGUAGUACACCACCGACGGUGGCUGUGAAGAAAGAGCCUGGAAUCUCAGAGAAGAGCAAUGGGAAAGUUGGAGAUGCCAACCCUGCUGAGAUCUGUGUCGUUAUUGGAGGAAAAGAUGGAGGAUCAAGCGGAGGUGGAACCCGUAGAGCUCAAACCGAGGGUAUGUUUGCCCUUGGUACUCCUCCUCCAACGAAGAGCACUGACUCAUGCAUAGGUUCGUAUGUAUGCGCAGUGUGUGGGAAGAAGUACAAGUACUACAACUGCUUUCAGACACACGUCAGAGCACAUAGAGAAUCAGAGAGCAUGGUUGGAGAUGGUCUGCCUCAGACACCCAAUAGUAGCUUCCGUUACUCUUGUGACAUCUGUGGCAAGAAGUAUAAAUACUACAGUUGUUUCCAGGAGCACCGUGACUUGCACGCAGUGGAUGAUCCGUAUGAACAGGUGGUUCUACCUGUUGAUGGCCUUAAAGAAGAGGAGCCUAUUGAACCCUAUCAGAAAAUUGGACCAAAAACCGGGAGCUAUGUUUGUGAGUUCUGUGGGAAGCAGUACAAAUACUUCAACCCAUACCAGGAGCAUGUUGCUCUUCAUACACCAUUGGGGUCAUUUGAUUUGAAGACUUCACGUGUACAAGAAUGUGGUACCCUGGACAUGAGUAAAUUUAGCCACAGCCAGGCUAGUAAGAUAAAAAGUCUGAGCAAAGCACUGAGCAACAGCCCAUUUAGACGGAAAUUAGAGAGCGCGAUUCAGACCAGUUUGGUUGAUACAAACAGUUCGCAGAACUCAAGUGCAGGAACUCCGAGCCCUCUGGUGGCCACCACCUUCUCUACAUCACAAAAGCCCUACACUUGUGGUGCCUGUGGCAUCCAGUUCCAGUUCUACAGCAACCUCCUGGAGCACAUGCAGUCGCACGCUGCUGAUAAUGAGAACCACACCAAAGGGGACUCUCCCAAAACCUCUUCAGCUUCGGGUCCUCAAGAGCAGCUGUGGAGAGGGUCCCAGGCUCAGGCCCAUCCCUCAGUGAAAAUACAAAUCCAGCCUCAAAGUAUCUCUCAGAGGAACCAUACACUCAGCCAGAACAAUGGGCUACCUGAGAAGGAGAGGCAGCAGGUGGCCGAGCGCCUAUUACGGGUAAUGUGCUCUGAUCUGAACAUGCUCAAUGUGCUAAACAGCAAAGACUUCCUGAAGCUGGCACAGACCCUUGUGGACACAGGGGCUCGUCACGGCGCCUACUCCACCCGCGAUGCUCUUGGCAACAUGAGUGCCUUGGCACUGCGCCAGCUUCCCCGCAUGUACAACCAAGUGAAAGUCAAAGUCACGUGUGCCCUGGGCUCCAAUGCUUCACUGGGCAUCGCAGUGACCUGCCACUCCCAGACCUCUGGUCCAGAUGCCUGCUACGUGCUCACAGCCUAUCAGGUGGAGGGAUCCCGCCUCAAACGUUACGUGCUCGGCGUAAGGGAGGCGGAGCUGAGGGAGGGGCCCGAGCAGAUUCACCACUGGGUGCAGAACGUGCUGUCUGAGUUUGUCAUGUCAGACAUUCGAACCGUUUAUGUCUCCGAGCCUCGACUGUGGGCAGCCGGAUUCGCAGGAUCGCCACUAGGAAGCGGCGGGCGGGGCAGAAUAUGUCUGCGGUGUGCAGGGUGUUCGCUCGGCGCCGUCGUUCAGGCAGUUCUCGGGAAACGCAGCCUCCAGGCUCGAGGGCUUCACGAGUUAGCCGAGCUUCUCUCAACCUGCAGAGAUAUUGCCUCCUCUUCCACGCUGGCCCUUCGUGAGGAACAGUGCUUCAACACAUCCACAAGCACAACUGAGGAAAGUACACAAGGCUCCCCUGCACAAUGCCCCACACCUCCAUGCUGGGACCGCAUGGCAGAGGCCCUCCUGCAGGUCCACGCACACUUCGAACACAUCUGUGAGGCUUAUGGCCGCAGUAAGUCCACCGUGCCACUUCUUCAAGGACUUAACAAACAUCUGCUAAGCACCCUGGCUUGUCUCCUGGCUCCUCUUCGCCUGGCAGCUCUGGAGCUGAGCAGCCAGAGGAGACCAACCCUACAGCAAGUACUGCCUGUCUAUCUGCGCUUGGAGAAGUUCUUCACAUCUAAAGCUGGGGAGGCUGGAACCGGCACCGCUAGCAAACUCUGCCACUAUUUCCUUGAAGCUCUCAAGGAAAACUUUAAGGUUGAAAGAGCCCACCAGGUAGCCAUGGUCCUGGACCCGCAGCUCAAGCUGCGUUCAGUUCCAGCCUAUCAGCACGAGGAUAUCAUUUCCCGUGCCUGUGAAAUGGCUGCUGAAAGCAGGGAUGGAGGUCUGAGUGGUGGAGGUGGUUCUAGUGGAGAAGAGAGGGAUGGAGACGGGCCCCCAACCCCAAAAAUAAGCCGUAUAGAUGGUGCUGGAAACAACGGCGGACCCUCAAGAGGUUCCUCGCUGGUUUCCGGGAACGACGAAGGUCCGGGACAAGUCAGACAAGAGAUUUUUCAGUACCUGGCCGAACCUCUUGUCCAAGGAACACCUGACCUCUUUCAGUACUGGAGCUCGACAGUGAGCGAGAAGUUCCCCAGGCUCGCUCGCUUGGCGCUGUGGCUUCUCGCCGUGCCUGCGGUGGGCAUACGCAGUGAGUGUGUUACUGUGUGUGAACAAAGUCUGGCAAUGAAGAGGAGGCAGCAGGUCACUGCUGAGGAGAUGAAUAAACUCAUUUUUCUUCGCUCUAACAUGGGUUAGAAAAACAAUCCCAACAGUCCCUAAUCAACCAAACGAUCAUCCAACCAAUGACUGAAGAUGCAUAUUUAUGUACUGUAGGUUUAGACAAACUGUAAACAUCAGUGUGUAAGAAAACUAAAGACUCCUCAAGGCAGAAUAAUACAGAAAAAAACACACACUGCAAAGACUGUACACACAUAUAAAAUUAAAUGGCUUUUUAUAUAUUUUGUGAGGACCGGGUUGAUGUAAAGUACAGAGCAAAGAGAAGGAGUGGAAUGGUAUCUCUGACAAGACGAGACAGUCCUGUUUGGUGCGCUGCCCUCGGUUUAAGUCGCACGUGUGAGCAGGAAGAAUUUCAUUGUCACAGUCAGUGAUUUAAAUUACUCCAGCCUAAUGAUUAAACCUCUACAAGGCUACGAUGCUGUUACUCUCACUGGUUGACAACAUUUUCAGGUAAUUAGAGCUCUCACUGCUUCGGCCUACUGUUACACACCUCUGAAAAAAAAACCAACCUACUUCUCAAAACCGUUCAGGAGGGAGAUAACGGCAAACUACUGUAGCAGUACAUUUAGGGUGUAUAAUGAAAGAAUUACUUAGUUAAUAUUCACUGCCACUGCACCUCUGAAAAUUAGGUGCACUACGUUUAGGAUUUUCUUACACAACUAACCUAAAAUGAAAAUACUUCAGCUUAGUCGAUGUUGGACAAUAGGCAGAAAACGGAGCUUAAACGUUGCGGAUGCUUUGAUGGCCAGAAAAUGUAGCGUUGGAGGAUUUGCAUGCACUGCAUGCAUUUUUUCUCAACUGAGAAGGUAACUAAUUUUAUGUGAUGCUUUCCUUUUUAAUUACAAAAUGGUGAAGAAAAUGUGCUGAAAUUGUUUUCUUUGUUUUUUGAUGUACAAGUCAAACCAUUAGACUUGCACAGAUCUGAAAUUAAUAGAAGUUCAAAGGAUUAAAAGAGGAAAGCAUCCAAUUAAAUAUAUUUGUUUUACGUUUUUUUAAUGAAAUUGUUCAGUCAUACUUGUUAUAGCUGGAUUACUCCCAAAAUGUAUUCCAUAACAUUAUGAAAUAAUAACUUUUAAAAUGUUUUAUUGUUUUAAAACAGCACAACCCAGGUAGUAUAUUGCAUAAAAACCUCCUGCAGUUGAUUUUACGAGCUUAAUGGUUACCAGGGCUGGUAAUUCAGGAAUGCCACAUCACUUUGCACCCGCUAUCAACAAGUAGCAUCAAUGCACUUGUUUUAGAUUCACACAUUGUACCUGGACUCUCAAGAGAACAGCUUAUCAUUCAUUUGGUGAGCUUGCUUGCACGAGUUUAUUCCAUAAUGGCAUUUUUCAGCAGGUAUAUGUAUUUAUUUUUUUGGAGCUCGUUCAGAAGACAAAUAGAGUCCAUUGGAAGUGUGCUGGUUUAUUUAUUGUUACUUCCCAGUUUUAUCAUUCUACUAUAAACAUCGUCUUCCUAUUUUGAGCUAUAGAUUUCCAUUUUUAAGGCAAUAAGCUUUAAUACAGCACACAGGUCCCGUUAUCUGACUGUUCUCACAACGCAAGUCAUUAAUCUGCAUCAAAUCGUUUUAACAUUUAUUAAAUCAAUAGGAUUUUCUCAGGAAUGAGCACAUCCGAGCAGGCACCGCCACUUUUUCCUCACUGUACCUAAAAAGAAACCAAACUGUGACCUCAGUGCUGAGGUGGAUACCGAACCACAACUCUGUUUUUCAACCAUUCCACCCAAAAUACACCUGGUGCCAUCGAAAAGAAACACUGAGGAAUUUUAUUUUAUUCUUUAUUUUUUGGUCUACCAGUGUAUCCGCUAAACUUAACGUAAGUGUGUUCAUGAAGUGAGUGUACAUUAAAUUGCGCUAAUACCUCCUUAAAUGGCUUGGAAGAAUGGAAACUGCUGUUUGUUGCCUUUGGUAAUUACUAUUCAAUCUCUGGUUUGUUCUCUCUGUUUUUGGGCCUUAAGUCUCUUCCUUGACUCGACCUGUAACCCUUCAGUUUUCUUGCCUUUGUUUUGUACAUUAAUUGCCUUCUUUUAUGUUAAGCAUUUGCUUCUUUUCUUUUGCCAUUCAUGUAGACUUAUCAGGAAUUUAUAGCUGGAAACAGCGUCCUCUAGUGUCCACAUGGUGACUUUUUUUUUAUCAUGUAUAACUGUGUGACUUAAGUGCUUUAUUUAUAUGUUUAGUAGGUGAAAUCAGAUGAGCAUGUAUGCUCAUAAAACAGGUCAGUAGUAACUUAAGCAUUAAAACAGGUAUCCACUGUAUACAUAGACUUAAAAUGACUCUACAUCAGAAUCGAAUUUGAAUAUUUAGAUUAUUUUUAUUGGUGUCACACCGAAGGACGUUUCAAAACUGAUACUGUGAUUUGAGAUUGUAUUUUCACACAGCUUGAAUUUUGCUUAAUACUCUUAAAUGCUGCAGUGCAAGUAUUUAUUUUCUCAUCCCCUUCCCCCACCAAGUAACCCUUCACUUUGUAAAAUAACAGAAAAAAAACACUUAUAUUUCUCCGCACCUCAAAAUCCCCUCACCAUAUUAUACACUGUACUAUAAGAUGUUCUGCAGCUUUCAGGUGAUUUCACGUUGUUUUCUGUUGAAGCCUGUAUGGCGACAGUUUCAGUACAAUAACAGCCUUCUCAGAAAACACUGAUGGACUGUACACAGACACAAAGUCCUUUUAACACUGUUAGCACUCACUUUUGCACAGACAGCUUCACACUAAUGCAGUUCGCAGCGAUCAUUGGAAGGCUACAGGCAGGGCUGUUUUGUUUAAAGUGAAUGUAAGUGUGCAACAAGUGAAAAUACAUCUGUGGGAAUAGUAACACGUUUGUAAAGCCAAAAGAAAAAAGAAAACUGAUUAACAUUUCAGAUCAGUACCAGUUUUGAUUCAAACUAUUUUUUCCCCUUUUAUCUGAUUUUUAAUUUUAUGAAACACUUAAGAAAAACAAGACAACGAUCCGAGGAUUUGCUUUGCAAACUUUUUGUUUAGCCACAUAUUUUUUAGUAGACUUUAGAUUUUUGUUCUCCCAAGUUCCUAAAGGCCUUGCCUUACUUCCUUAUCCCCACUUUAUGAUUUCUUAGAAUAUUCUGAUUUUGUUUAUUAUAUUUUAAUUAAAAAAAAAACUAAAAAGAAAAAAAAAAAAAACGACUGUAAAAUCUGUUUGAAAUACACUUUUCAAGUUUCAAUCCAAUGUUUUACCUCAGCACUCAGAAGGCAGUAUUGAGAUUUUCAGAAACCAGUUAAUUGAAAUGUGGGUUAGAUCAGAGAAAUGGUCAAAAUACUGCACAUGGUUGUUGGUUUCAACAAUUUUCCUGGGCUUACUGAUGAAGGGAUUUUUCUCACUGUUUUUUUUUUUUUUUUUUUUUUCCAAUAGGAUAUGCUCUGGGACAAAAUGCCAUUGUUGACAAGAAAUUAAAUUUUCCUAGAAAUAGUAUUCUCUUUUUGUUGAUUAAAUGAAAAAUAUAACUAAGAUAUGCAUGCUUUUGAUAAGAGUAAUCAUAUAUAAUAUUAUUAACCAGUGUUUCUCAUCAGAUAAAAAUGAAUCCUUCUGGCUCUGACAUGAUGUUACUUUAAGGUACUCUGACUGAAUUUCUGCCUCUCAAGGUGGAAGUAGCUGUUCAGUUUUCUGGUUGGUGUUUAGAGGUUGACAUCAUCCCUUUUCGGAAAUGGACUUUGUAAAUACAGGAGAACUGCUGUUUUUAUGCCACAAGGAGGCGCCUUCAUUCAAGAGAACAAGUGGGGAGCACCAAUAACAUUAUACCUCUUUUUUCUACAGUAGCAUUUCAGAAAGUUUUGAUAUAAUAGAAAAGUCAGCUUAGAUACUUAUACUAGAAACGCUGAAUUCAGCUGUAAGUUUUCUUUUGUUUAAGGGGUUUAACUUAUUCAGAUAAUAAAAGUUCAGUUGUGAAGUUGUGGUAAAUGAAUGCUAACAUGGAGAUCUGUUCAACUAGUUAAUUAAUUCAGGUUAAGAACUCGGUGUUGCUUUCAUCCUAUUUUACAGGCAUUUCUUCCUUUUUAUACUCAGCUAAAAUGCAAAAAAAAUAAAAUAAAAAAUAUGUUGGAUUCUGUUCAGCUAGUCUUUUUAUCGCACUUUGGCAGCAGACUUCUGUGUAGAUUCAGAUCUGAGUUGUCUUAUUAGUAAACCUAAUUUAUACUUUUGUAGCAACAAUAUUUUUAUAUAACGGCAAAGAAACGGUUGUCUUUUUGGUUUAGAUUUUCUUUUCCUGUGACGUAUAUGACAGCGCUAUUCAAUGUUUCUUGAAUAAAUUACCCUCUGUAGUAUGUUAUGUGUGAAUAAACUUUAAACUUCUGUGUGACAAUA